AUGAGACGAUCUUCUUCACCACCUUCAAGCAAUAUAUCGGGCUUUCCUCGUCGUCAAUCCCUAAGAUCAUCUAUGAAUGAGUCUCAACCAUUAGAAUUAGUGCUGAAUAAUGGUUCAUAUGAUCAAAAGGCGCCUUUGGAAGCUUUAACUAAUUCUCCCUUGAAUCAAGAGAGGAAAAGUGAUACGGACAGUAAUUCUUUAUAUGAAGGACAAGGUCGUAUAUUAUCAUCUUUGAAAAAAGAUAAAACUUAUGUCCCUGUAUAUGAGUUGAAUCGAGCAAUUCGUAGCACUGCCCCGUUGGCUAAGCAGAUUACAGUGUCAUUUAGUGCUCCUCCGUCUUUUUCUUUUGAAGGUGUAUCACCCAAUUUACAAGAAGUGUUUUUGAUGGAUGAUUUGUUGUUGGUUCUAAUGGGGAUUGAGGGAAGAUUUAUACGAUAUCAAAAUGAAGAGGAUCGCUGGGAUGAUAAUAAUCGAUUAGCGGGUGUGAAAUUUAGGAUAUCAAGUGGUGUAGAGCCCUGUCUUCUUGACUUGACGAGAAUGAUAUUGAAGGUUGCGACAUGUUACAUUAGUAUUGACGCUUUUAUCGAUAUAUAUAGUAAACCGGAAUGUGGUUUGGUAAAUCAUGCUCUUUGUGCAGCAAUGAGGGAGUUGUUAAAGGGUUAUUUUACUUUAAUUGCCCAGUUGGAACAUCAAUUUAAUACAAAUCCGUCUUUUACUAUACAUACGUUUCAUCUUUAUAUGCAUUCUACAUCUCAGUCAUUGUUUGGAAUGCAAGCGUUGAUUCAUGAUAUAUUGAAAAAAAGUUGUGUUCUUGAUGAAGAAAAUAGUGAUGAUAGUAUCGAUGACGUAGAUUCUUUUCUUCGAUCAAUUCAAGAUAAAGGUAUCACUAGUAUUGUUAAUUCGAAGGUAUGUAAGGGGGGAUCUGUUCUAGAAGUUAUAACAAAUCGUCUUUUGUCUUUAUCAGGGGAUCCCCGUGCAAAAAAGCUUUUGGAAUAUUUGUUAAAGGAAACAUCUAAGCCUUAUAUGAAAAUGCUGAAUGCAUGGAUGCAUCGGGGUGAAAUACGUGAUCCUCAGUCUGAGUUUAUGAUUAAGGAGCAGAAAAGUAUAAAGAAAGAUAGGCUUGAAGAUGAUUAUAUUGAUGAAUAUUGGGAGAAAAGAUAUACAAUCAGAGAUAAUGAAGUGCCGUCUCAAUUAGAACCUGUUAAAACAAAAGUUUUAGUUGCUGGAAAAUAUCUAAAUGUUGUUAGAGAAUGUGGUGGAAUAAAUAUAUCUAAAGAUUUAUCUGAUAAUAUGCCUUCUACGUUUGAUGAUAUAAGGUUUUUGGAUAGUGUUAAUGCCGCAUAUGCUCAUGCUGAUGCGUCUUUGCUUAAAUUAUUGCUUGAAACGCACGGUCUUUCUAGUCGUUUCUUAUCUUUAAAACAUUAUUUUUUUCUUCAUCAAUCUGAUUUUUUUACUUAUUUCCUUGAUUUGGCAUCUCAUGAGCUAAAAAAGCUUGUUAAGGAUAUUUCUUUGACAAAGCUUCAAAGUUUAUUGGACAUUUCUAUUCGGAUUCCUGGAAGCAUUGCUUCUAAUGAUCCUUUUAAAGAAGAUAUUAAGGUUCAAAUGAGCAAUGUUGGAUUGGUUGAGUGGCUUAUGAAAAUCGUAAGUCUUAGUGGCAUAGAUGAAACUGCGAUUGCAGCAGGAACAAUAUGGAUAGAUGAUUAUCAGAGUCAAACAUAUAGUACAGAAAAAAAGGAUAAGGAAUUUACUGGUAUCAAUGGGCUACAAUUUGAUUAUUUUGUACCUUUUCCUCUUUCACUUAUUAUUUCUCGCAAGGCCGUUUUACGUUAUCAACUUAUUUUUAGGCAUUUGUUGAGCAUGAGACAUUUGGAACAAUUAUUAGGAUCUGCUUGGCUUGAUCAUUCUAAAAAUAUGUCAUGGAAAAAAUACUCAAUUUGUUCACAGGUUGAAAAAUGGAAGAAUCGUGUUUGGCUUUUGCGUUCAAAAAUGCUUAAUUUUGUCCAACAACUUUUUUACUAUUGUACAAAUGAAGUUAUGGAACCUAAUUGGCUGAUUUUUCAGAAAAGACUUUCAAAAAUAUUAACUGUUGAUCAACUUAUGCAAGAUCAUAUCGAUUUUCUUGAUGCAUGUUUAAAAGAAUGUAUGUUGACGAAUUCUAAGUUACUUCGUGUUCAAGCAAAAUUGAUGACAACAUGUACUAUGUUUGCAUCUAAUACAAAAUACUUGACUCGUUCUUUGGCUUCUGUAGAAGACAAUAAUUCCACUGAACCGCAAAUUGAUUUUGUUAAGAUGAAAAAACUUGACGAUAUAUUACAUAAAUAUGAGGAAAAUUUCUCUCAUCAUUUAAAAAUCUUGCUUGAUACAUGCAAUUACUUUGCAAAAACUGAAACAGUUUCUCUUUUAUCUUUGAUAAUACGUUUAGAUUGGAAAGAAAGUAGGGAAUUAUCUGAUUUUCUAUAA